AUGAACAAGUUCCUCCUCAUAGCCCUGGUGGCUGGGGUUGCCCUGGCAACCAACCGACGGGAAAUAUACGAAAGCACUCUGUCUGAAGAAAUCGAAACAGCGUAUAGAGCAGGCUCUUCUUACGUCUACAACUAUGAGACUCAGGUUGUCAACGGCCUCCCCUUGACGGCGCCCGUGUAUUCCAUUGUCAAGGUCAAAUGCAAGGUCAUCAUGGAGUUCAAGACUGCCAGCAAAGUUGUCAUGAAGAUUGAUGGCGUCACUUUGCAUAAGCUGAAUGGCAGGGUGGAGGCCGUCGACCCGACCAAUGAGAUCGUGCCAGAUGAGGUAUUAGUACCAAUCACGGACGACGACACUGCCAUCAUCGAACGUGCGCUUACAUUGCCGGUGAAGUUCAGAAAGCUCUCCAACAGGUACACGAAUGGCUUCGUCAGCGGAAUCGUUUGCGAAUCGGAGGAUCCCGAAUGGUCUGUUAACUUCAAGAAGGGUUGUCUGGGCUUGCUCCAGGUGAACUUGGAGAAGUCAAAGCUGAUUGAAGCCAGUGAGCCGGUUUACACGGAGGACUACUCCGGUGUGACCGUUAACGAGGCCUACACUGUUAUGGAGACAAGCCCUGCUGGUGAGUGUGCAUGCACAUAUAUCGUGGAGGAGAACGGCGGAGAGGCUGGCGAGGGAAAAACCAUCGAGGUGACCAAAGUCAGGAACUUCGAGGACUGUCUAGAGAGACCGACCUUCUACCACGACAACCUCGGAACAAAGCCUUGUGCAAAGUGUGACGCUGUGCCCAAAAAACGUAAGUUCACAGCCGAUGUGAUCCUGCUCUCCUUUAUGAAUAGGCCAGAAGAUGUUGAAAAAGACUGA